AUGUUUGUGACCAAGGUUACUUUUGGCCUGUUGGCCUUCCUGCUGGUUUUCUCAGCUGAGGGGAAGGACAAAUCUGCUCAGCUGUCUGUGUCUGAACUGCUGCACAGAGCCAACAGAGGCAUCAUUCCUGAACCUGAUGAGCCCAAGCUAAUGGAUGAUAUUGCUGUGAAUGAGAGAAAUGCUGAUCCCUGCACCUCCUACGGCUGCCUCUGGCCCAAAUACAGCGACGGCAAGAUUUAUGUGCCUUACGUCAUCGCCAACCACUACUCCUCCCGUGAGAUAGAGAUCAUCCAACGUGGUUUGGACUCUUUCUCCUACAGCACCUGCAUCCGCUUCUUUCCCCGCAGCAAUGAGAGAGACUAUGUCAGCAUUGAAUCUCGCAGUGGAUGCUACUCAUAUGUUGGUCGUCAGGGUAAUGGCCAGACUGUGUCUCUGGACCGUAAUGGUUGCGUUUACCACAACAUUGUGCAGCAUGAGCUUCUCCAUGCUCUUGGUUUCAACCAUGAACAGACUCGUAGCGACCGUGACAAUCACAUCCAAGUCAUCUGGGAGAACAUCAUUGAUGACAUGAAGUACAACUUCAACAAAAUCAACACUCUAAACCAGGAAACACCCUACGACUACAGCUCUGUGAUGCAGUACGAGAGAUACGCUUUCUCCAAGAAUGGCCUCCCCACUAUGGUUCCCAUUCCUAACAAUAAUGCUGCGCUGGGCACAUCUACCGAGAUGAGCCAGAAUGACAUCAUCAGAAUCAACAGGCUCUACCAGUGCUAAACAACAGAACGUGUCUUCAGCACCCAGACAUGCCGCCUAAACUACAAUGAAAGUUGACUCAAGUAUAAUGGAUGAUGUUGACUUCUGUGCUUACUUGAAUCGCCAAUAAAUUUUCAAUCAAAGAGAACAUCAAUCCUUUUGUAAGUUGAUUUUUCUCUGGCCUGACUGACUGUGUGACUUUUUUUUUUCAGAAAAUGGAUUAUUCACACUGAUUUAUUAGUUACAUCUGUAAACACAGAAAGUAGUGUUGGCGUGUAAAAUUUGAACAAACUGUUCUCAUUCUCAACUCUUCCUGCCAUAUGUGUCAGGCCUAUGUUUGUGUUGUGUUUUCUGUCCUUGUGCUCUCCAUGUCCUAGUUUUACCUCUUGUGUGCCCAUAUUUUGUCUUGUUCCUCUUCCUGUUCUCAUUUAGUUAAUUUAGUCCCACCUGUUUCAGUUCCCUGAUUAGUUCAUUCUGUUCCAUCGGUGUUAAUUAAUUAUCUAGUUUACUCCCCAGACAUUCCCUGUCUAGAGGGUCUGGUAUAAACGUUAGUGUCCUGUUUCUUGUGUGUCUCUGCCUGCGUUGUGUUACCCUUUUUGGAUUUGAUUAAAGACUGGUUAUUUUGAGUUACUCCUCAUCUCCUUGCUUCCCUUGUGUUGAAUCAUGACAGAAUAAAAUAAGCGGCGCCCAUUCUCCUCGUUUUGUUUCCCGGUUUUUGUUAGUUUUUGUUUACCCGUUUUUCCCCCACUAGUUAAGUUUGCCAGCCGCUAUGAAGUCCAGCCCGCCGACUGUGGCUCUCUCCAGCCUGCCGGCCGCAGCUCACUAAAGCCUGCCGGCCGAACCUCUGUCAAGUCUGCCGGCCGUUCAUCUGUCCAGCCCACCGGCUGUGGCUAACCCAAGCCCAACAACUGCUCAUCAGUCAAGUUCGCGGGCCGCCACUCACUCAAGCCCACCGGCUGCGGCUCUCUCAAGCCCACUGGCCAUUCUGAAGUCAAGCCCGCUGGCUGUGGCCCCCUCAAGCCCGCCGACCGCUCCGACGUCAAGUCCGCUGGCUGCGGCUCACUACAGCUCCAAAAUUCGCUCCAGUGUCCUGACCAAGAGUCCAGUGCAGGUUCCAGCCCCUGACCAAGAGCCCAGUGCAGGUUCUAGCCCCAGACCAGAGUCAGGUCAUGUCGCCUGAAGUAUUGUCCACAGGAACAUUUUUAAUCGGUCUUGUCAGUCUUGUCUUGUCUGUUGGGGUUCCUCAGAAGUAGGCAGCUUCUCCAGUCAUGGCUAUGGAGGCCAUUCCCAAGCCGCUUGCUUCUCAUGUUGCCUCGAUGGAAGCGGUUCCUGAGUUCACCUCUGAGAGGGCCCCUGUCCCUGCCCACGUUCAGCCCAAGGAGGGCUGUUGGUCUUGUGUCCGGCCUAGAGAGGGCCUCACAAUCCGAGCAUAUCCCUGAACGGGCUCCUGUUCCUGUGCAUAGCCCAAGGAGGGCUCCUGUUCCUGAGUUUAGCCCAAGGUGGGCUCCAGUCCCCAGAUCCAGUCCAGCGAGGGCCUCUAGACCCAAGAUUCUCCCCAGGUAAUUUUUUGAGGGGAGCUAAUACAUUUACAUUUACAUUUAGUCAUUUUGCAGACGCUUUUAUCCAAAGCGACUUACAAUUUGGGGAACACAUGAAGCGAUUCAUCUUGAAGAGGCAAUUCGACAAAGGAAGUGCUUGUAACACCAAGUCUCAGGCAUUGUUUAAAUAAGUACAAGCUAGCAAGGGAAGGAAUAAGUAAGGAGAAAGAUUUUUUUUUUUUUUUUAUGUGUAGGUUGAAGUCAAGUAGUGUCGAAAGAGAUGAGUUUUCAGCUGUUGCUUGAAGAUUGACAGGGAUCCAGUACUCCGAAUAUGGGUGGGAAGAUCAUUCCACCAGCCAGGAAUGGUGAACGAGAAUGUUCUGGAGAGUGAUUUUGAGCCUCUUUGUGAUGGUACCACGAGGCGUCGCUCACUAGCAGAUCUCAGAUUUCU